AUGCGUCAGCCAUUCAAUCAGUCACUGCGUCAACCAUUCAAUCAGUCACUGCGUCAGCCAUUCAAUCAGCCACAGCGUCAGCCACUCAAUCAGCCACUCUAUCAGCAACUGCGUCAGCCACUCAAUCAGCCACUGCGUCAGUCACUCAAUCAGCCACUGCGUCAGUCACUAAAUCAGCCAAUGCGUCAGCGACUCAAUCAGCCAAUGCGUCAGCCACUCAAUCAGCCAAUGCGUCAGCCACUCAAUCAGCCACUCAAUCAGCCACUGUGUCAGCCACUCAAUCAGUCACUACGUCGUCCAUUCAAUCAACCACUGCGUCAGCCACUCAAUCAGCCACUGUGUCAGCCACUUAAUCAGCCACUGCGUCAGCCACUCAAUCAGCCACUCAAUCAGCCAAUGCGUUAG